AUGGGGCAAGUCGAAGAACAGAGAUACGUGUGCAGAAUCUGCAGCAAACCCUGCGUUAGUGGGAAGUCUUUGGGAGGCCAUAUGAGGGCUCAUUUGGCUUCCAAGAAAUCAGCUGUGAAUCCCAACUGUGUGGAAGAAUUUGGAGAUAGUGAUGAGAGCAAACACGCCCUUACUGCAAAGACAACGAAUUCUUGCAGAGAAUGCGGCAAGGAAUUCGCCUCGUUGAGGGCUCUUUCGGGCCACAUGAGGUUCCAUUCGAUCAAGAACAAGAAGGAGGUGCAUUUGUGCAAGGAAUGUGGCAGAGGGUUUGAAUCCAUAAGGGCUGUGUUUGGUCACAUGAAGAGCCAUUCUACUAAGAAGGUGUCCAGUGUUGUUGUUGAGAGUUUCUGCCCGGUUCGGAGGAAGAGAUCCGAGAUCAAGUAUAAGGGCACUGUGAGUGCGAAUCCUUCGGUUUCGGGCGUGGAUGCUUCUUGUUGUAGUGCCUCUGAGGCUGAGGAGGCAGAGGAGGCUGCUAGGUGCUUGGUGAUGCUCUCUAGGGGUGUGGGAAGUUUCUCGAAGCUCAUCUCGGAUUCUGAUCACUCUGGAGGUGUUGUUGCAUCAAAUGUGUCUGAAUUUGAAAAUGGAAUGGGAGUUGAUCUUGUGUGUGAUGAGGGAUUCUUGAAAGAUGGUAUUGAAAGCAAUGGAUGUGAUGAUGAGUCUUGUGAAAAUGGAGCUGAUCUUGAAAUGGUGGAGGAGAAGCAUAGGGCUAUGAGCUCUGAUUGGGUCGAGCAAGAGAUGGGGUCGGGGGGAUCAGCUCGUGGCUCGUUGAGGGGAGCUGCGAGCAUGAGGCGCUGCAGCUCACUACUUGAGAUGGAUGCAGUGGCUGUGAUUUGGUGA